GGCAACCUGUUUCCAGACCCGGUGAGACCAGCAAGUUCUUCCUGUCGGAUAACAAAAUUGGAGUCACAGGAACAGCUUGAGAAAUGGCGUGUAACAUACCCAACCAAAGACAGCGGACUAUGUCAACAACAGGAAACACUCUGUAUGAAGUUCUUGGUCUGCAGAAGGGAGCUUCAUGUGAAGAAAUUAAGAAAAGCUACAGAAAAUUAGCCCUGAGAUACCAUCCAGACAAGAACCCAGAUGACGCGUCUGCUGCUGAGAAGUUUAAAGAAAUCAACAAUGCCCAUGCAGUCCUCACCGACCCAUCCAAAAGGAACAUAUAUGACAAAUAUGGAUCGCUGGGGCUCUAUGUGGCUGAGCAAUUUGGAGAUGAAAACGUUAACACAUACUUCAUGCUGUCAAGUUGGUGGGCAAAGACCCUGUUCAUCAUCAUCGGCCUCCUGACAGGCUGCUAUUUUUGUUGCUGCCUUUGCUGCUGCUGCAACUGUUGUUGCGGACACUGUCGGCCAAAGUCAUCGGCCCCAGAAGACGACUUCUACGUGUCACCAGAGGACCUUGAGGAACAAAUCAGGACUGACGUGAAAGAAGAUAUGGACUUUCCAGUUGUUCUCCAGCCUACAAAUGCAAACGAGAAGACACAGCUAAUCAGAGAAGGAUCUCGAAGUUACUGCACAGACUCUUGA